GACAGACAGACAGAGCGAUCGAUGGACGACGGGGCGCUUUCCAUUAACCGUAGAGAGGCAGAAACAGGAAGCAGGCUGUUUACUAACAUCCAAGCCACUCAAGGGAAGUAUUGGAUAGUAGCCUGCUGCACUUAAAGCUCUUCAUUUUCAACCGCGACGAAUACAGUCUCGCAUAUUUGGGACCUGGCCACUCAAUUUUGUCGGCUUCACAUCCCAAAACUUACCGUCGACGAGAUUCUUCACUUUUGCAAGGCGGUUGAACAAUGUCCACAUUCGAGGAAGUGACUACAGAAGAGCUCGAAGCUCUCGAAAGCAUCUACGUGGAUGAACUCGAGAAGAUAUCCGAAGACGAGUUGCGCAUUCGAAUAGACUCUGAAGAUGACAUCUCAGCAGCUCCUUCGAACGCCACCAAUGGGGAUGAAGAGCCAGAAGGCAGGGAAGAGGCAUUCCGACUAUAUUUGAAUGUCAAGUACACGCCUGGGUAUCCCGACGAAGUACCUAAUCUGAAGCUGGAGAGCGCGGGAGAUACGAUCGAUGAGCAAGCAAGAGAAGAGAUGCUGAAAGACCUCAAAGCUGUUGCUGAGGAGUCUCUCGGGAUGGCCAUGGUCUUCACUUUGGCGUCGCACAUGCGCGAAAGUCUUACGGAUUGGAUACACCGGCAAAAAGAGGCCAAGGAAAGAGAUGAGACGGCGCGUAGAGAGGCAGAGCUGGAGGCUGAGCAGGAAAAGUUUCGAGGAACUGCAGUGACGACCGAACGCUUUAUGGAAUGGCGAAGAAAGUUCGAAGCUGAGCGGCGGACAGAACAGGCCAAGCAAGAAGAAGAAAAGCUCAAGGGCAUGACUGCCAAGGAGCGCGAAGAGCACAAGCGCUGGAAAACUAAACCCUCUGGAAAGGAACUCUUCGCAAAAGGCACCAUAGUUGAGUCUGCAGCUGGAAAGGGCGACGAAGCCGACGGAGAGGAGAUCGACUGGUCAUUAUAUAGCAGAGAGGAGCGGGAAAGACUGCGAAGAAAGGAGGAGGAGGAGGCAGAGGCAGUAGCCCAGAUGGAGAAUGUACACUUUGACUCAGACGACGAUUGAAUGCUGCACAUUUGGCGAGCAGCUCAUCUUCUAGACCCCAUCUCAAGGCCAGUCGGCCGACUGCAACUGCGACGUGAUCUCGAACAACCGGAACAGUGUCCUGCCGAUCGCAGAGAUGUGCUGGUCGUGACUCGUGAAUUUGACGCUUAACUGCUGU